UAAAAAAAACCAUCCAUUCGGAAUGGAGUUCCAAACGAGUUACAUUUGCUUUGACCAAGUGUGUCGUAUUUGCAUGAAAACAACGACGGAUUUGCAGUCCAUCUUUGGUCAUCCGCAAGAUAUCCCCGAUCUUGUCCGGCUCCUGUCCAAAGUUGAAGUACUGGAAGACGAUGACCUUCCAAAGCUCAUUUGCGAAGAGUGCCUCACAUUCGCGGGGAAUGCGAUGGAGUUCAAGGAGCGCUGUAUUCAAACGGAUCGUACCCUGCGGGAACUCAUCUCUGACAAGGGUGAAGAUCAGAAGCAAUACCUGUUGAAGGUGGAGCCCGAUUUGCCGGUUGUGGAUGAAAGUGCUGACAGUGAAGCGCUGGGACCAGUGUUCAUCAAGUGCGAGAUCGAUGAGUCUGAUAGCGAUAGGCCGGAGCAGGACAGGGGCGACGAUAACGAUUUCGAGAUCGCGGACGGUGUUGAUAGCGAUGAGGAUGACGAAGACGACGACCAAGAGGAAGAGGAAGAAGUUAAAAUAGAUCGACGGAUUCGGAGGCGGAGGACGCGGAAUACGGUUGCGGAUGAUUCUGAUGAUGAGCCUUUGAUAGUGAGGCGGAGGAAAGGAGAAGAAGUAAGCUGUACGAAGUGCAGUGAAAAGUUCAGGAACAAGGCCCAUGUCAAGUUUCACAUGCAAAGCGAUCAUGCGGAUGAGCAAUCUCCUAAGGAAGAUAAAAUCCGCCAAUGCUUUUACUGCCCGAAGGCGUACUCGAAUUACGAGUAUCUGAAAAUUCACCUAAACUUCCAUCCACGAAAUGAAUGGACCUGCCCGAUGUGCAGGAAGGAGAUGAAGAACAAGGGCAAGUUCAUCGACCAUCUGAGAAUGCAUGCGAACGAACGCCACUACCGAUGCGACAUCUGCGAGAAAGAUUUCACCUCGCACAAGUACAUUUCCAACCACAUGAAGAUGCACCGACGGAAGGGCGAAACAAGCAACCAGUAUACCUUCGUGGAAUCUUCCAGUGAUAGUGAGUGCGACCCGGAGGAUGAAGAUAAGGAAGAUGAGGAGGAAAUGAAUCUCUCUGAAAAAGAGGAGGCAAUCAAGAACGACUAUCAGCUGAACCCAGACGCUCCGAAAGACUGCCCGGUCUGUAACGAAACGUUUGAGAAAGUAAUGUAUGUCAAGUACCACCUUCAAAGCGAACAUAUUCCGAUGGACGAAUCUGUCCCAAGGGUUCAUUUUUGCGUUACGUGUAAGAAGAGCUAUAUGACAUUCACCCAUCUCAUGAGCCAUAUGAAAUUGCAUGCCGAAAAAAUCUGGAGCUGUCCGGAGUGUAAAAAACAAUUUCGUCGCCUUGAUAAGUAUAAGGAUCAUCAAAAAACUCACCAGACCGAUCGAACCUUUCUGUGUGUGUACUGCGGCAAGGAUUUCCCCACGACCAAGUACAUGAAUCGUCAUUUGCAAACGCACUUGAAGGAGAAAGUGCAGAAACCAGAAGAGUUCGAAUGUGAAGUUUGCGGCAAAAAGAUGAAAUACAAAUCCAACUACACCAACCAUAUGAAAACUCACGGGCCGGAGCAUGCCAAACCGAUUAAGAUGGAUCCGGACUCGCCGCCCAAAAAGAUUUACUUGUGCAGUAUAUGCGGGCGUAAUUGUGGAUCUUCCAGCAACCUGACGGUGCACAUGCGCCGCCACAACGGACAGGCGAUUUGUGCGUGUUCCGUCUGCGGUAAAGGUUAUCCUCGAAAGGCUGAUUUGGUAAUGCACAUGAGAAGACACACUGGUGAAAAACCAUACGAGUGUCCUACAUGCGGGCGAGGUUUCGCAAGGAGAGAUAAAUUACGGAUACACAUUCGUACGCAUACCGGAGAGAAACCAUACGCUUGCCCGUGUGGACGUGCAUAUGCUCAGAAAAACGAUCUCAAAACUCAUCAAAAGCGCAAUACGUGCGGCCAAAACUUCGACAUCAAUAAACUGAUGGCACCCUAUCAGACGUCGAUCUGCGUUCGAGGGCCUCCUUCGCCACAGCCACCUCCGCCACCAAGGGAGCCUCCUCCUGUCCCAUGUGCCCCCAUGUUAAACUCUUCGUCAAUUCAGUCAUUCAACAACGCCAAUACGAACACCUCAUAUCCUACGGUCUCGCAGCCAUUGCCAAGUGGCACCACUGUAGGGACGCCCGGUAUGCCCAGUAUUCCCCCGUCACCACAUCACGAUCUGAGCCGGAUGUCUGAUUCGGUUCCGAACAGUCCCGUUGAUCUGAUGACUCAUCGGCAUCAGUUUGUGCCAUUUCCUGGUGGAGGAGGUGAUGUCAACAUGAUACCGAACUACCCCAAUCACUAUCAGCAGCCUAAGGUCGACAUCGACAUGUGCAAUCAAUGAAUGGCAAAUGGUUUUGAAUUUGUGUGAUGACAUUGAGAUUCUUUUUGAGAAUUUUGUUUGCAUGACUGCCGUACGGUUAAUAGCAAUAAAGUUGCUGAAUACCUUUAAUAA